UUUGGUGCCAGUUGUCGUGCUGUACUCGCUGUGUGUUGAACGCUCUGGUUUUUCACUUCAAAUGCGUGGGAUCGGUUCAGAUUUGAGUUAACUCAUCCAAAGCCUAGAUUGCAGAUAAUCAAAAUAUCCAACUAAUAGCCAUACUUUUGGUGGGUCAUUCCAUAAUUACUGUAUUGAUCUAACCUACUUAAAGAUUCUGUGUAACUUGCGUUCAGUCAGCCUCAGGAUGUGGCCGCUACUCCUUCUUCUGCUGGCCGUGGUCGCUCCCUCGUGGCAGGAGAAUGCCACAGCGAUCCGUAGCCCUAGCUAUGUGACCAAGGCGGGCUGCGAGGCUCUCAUCAAGGAGUCCAAUCUCUGCGAUUGCCAGGAUCAGGAGAUCAAGUGCGAGAACCUGUUGCUUCACAGCGAUGAUACCCAGUUAUAUAGCAUCAGCUGCACUAUAUUCGAUGCCCGGGGCUUCGGCUAUAUACCGCCACUUCAGGUUGGCAAUAUAGGUUCACUGAUCAUCCGGAAUUGUGCCAUACCCAAUGCCGAGAGCAUUAAGUAUCUACUCAGUAAACUGGGAGUAUCAAACUACACGCAACUAGAGAUCUUCAACUUUUUCGACCCCAAGAAGAACGAUCGCGGCGAGGUCCUGCAGCAGCAUUAUACGGAUCACGAGAGCCUGAAGAAGGUAUCCAUCAUUGGCUACAAGUCCACACUGCCUGCGAGGUUCUUGGAGAAACUGCCAGCCCUCAAACAACUUUCCCUAAAGGGCAGCAGUGAUCUGCCUGGCAGUAUCCUGCAUCCCCUGAAGAACCUAACCCACCUAGAUAUUGUGGUCAAGAAUCUGGGCAAGAUCUCCGGUGAGAUCUUCGCCAAACAAACCAAGCUCAGGCAACUGAUGAUCGAUUGCGAUGCCAAGAAUAGCAGCGUGGAGAUGUCCGCCUUUGGGCCGCAGGACCUCUGGCACAUGACCGAACUGCAGUCCGUGGAGGUGUUCAACUGCGGUGACAAUGUGCCCACUGAGCUGUUUUGGAUGGCGGAUCAGUUGGCCUACAUUGGCAUAAGGAGCAACAUUAGCUAUCUAAGCAAGGACUUCCUCAAGUCACAGAAGAAACUGCUCACCCUGAGAUUGGAGCGGAACAAUAUAGCCAGGCUGCCGAAUCAGCUGUUUCACAAUACCCCCUUGCUGUUGGAGAUACACUUGGCCUACAACAAUCUGGAUCGCAUUCAGAGCGGCCUCUUUGACAAGCUAAGGAACCUUCAGAUUCUCAAUUUGGAGCACAAUCCGAUAACGACAAUUGCCCUAAAUGCCUUCACUCAGAUACCCACUGCCCAUAUCUAUGUGGGCAAACUGUUCCGGGCGGCGAAAGACAAUGCCGCCGACUGGGCUCGAUCCACAAAUGCCACCAUCUGCGAGGAGGAGUUCGUCUACGGGGUGUGCAUCUACUGCAAGCGCGAUGAUUAUCUGGACCACUUUUCCGAGUCGGAGAACUGCAACAAGGCGAAUCCAAAGUCCAAGGAUGUGCUGGCCAGGAAGGUCUACGAGAAUGAGCUAAAGGCCAUGCCCACCCACUCCUGGAAAAGGGCCAAUCCAUAUCCCGAGAGGAAGAACCAGCCCUAAGUACCGACGCUCUUCGCUAUAAUUUUACGCAUCAGUUCUAGCUAGUUUAAGGAUUUAUGAAUUGUUUAUGUAUGCAACCAUUAAGGAGAUUAAAAUAAACUGAAAAACUAAUGAGAUUAAG